AUGACGCAGGGAACCGUUUCGAAAACGUCGGGUGUAGUGGGAGUGCAGAAAACCAAGAAGAACAUCACAAAGCCAUCUCGCAAGGGUGCCCCCAUCAAGCAAAAGAUGAAGUCGGGAAAGGACAAGGCACAACAGAAACUGGGCAAAACGAUUAAUCGCAACAUCGAGAACUUCAUCUGCGAAAAGGCGCUAAAGAACGGCGCCAAGCUGAAGAUGCUCAAGCCCGAGGAAAAGGGUAGGGACAGCUCGCAGCAGCGCGUCAAGCGCUUCAAGAACAAGAUCAACGAGGAGAGGAAGGGUGAAAAGAAGAAGAAGACCUCCAUGGCCACCACCAUCUCCAUCUCUGCGCCUUCCUCUACCUCUACCUCCACUUCGUCAUCAUCCUCUGCCACCACGUCCACACCCUCGACUCCUUCGACCCCACGAAAAUAG